AUGUCAGCUCUCAAAGGUGCUACCGCACCAAUAUACUUUGGCUCUUUCGUUGUCACACCGCAGGUCUUCCACACAACCCCCCUGACCUUCGCCCUGGUAAACCUGAAACCAAUCCUCCCAGGUCAUGUCUUAGUCUCCCCACGGCGCGUCGUUCCCCGUGUCACAGACCUCACCCCCGCCGAAACAAGCGACCUCUUCCUAACAGUGCGGCGCGUGGGCCGCAUGGUUGAGCGUGUAUACGGCGCAACGAGCUUAAACAUCGCCAUUCAGGAUGGCGCGCACGCUGGCCAGAGCGUGCCGCAUGUCCAUGCGCAUAUCAUUCCGCGCAAGGCAGCGGAUCUGGACCAUGCCGGUGGCACGGAUGCGGUUUAUGACUUGCUUGAUGGGGAUGAGGGGGAUUUGGGGAAGGCUUUUAAAAGCUCCGUUCCUACGGAAGAGGGUGAUCAGCCAACUGAGGUUGGGAAUGGAAAUGCUGCGAAUCCGGGGAGGAGGUCUAGGUUCCCAGUUGUGGAUAACGACGCGCGCAAGCCUCGUGAUGAAGAGGAUAUGAGAGCCGAGGCUGAAAUGCUGUCACGGGAGAUGGAGAAUGAGCCUCUUGAUUAA